GGCUGUGUGUCCAGGGCUGAGUGAGGUGCCCUGCUUCUCCGUGUUGGGUCUCAUGAGACAGGCAGGACCACCUUGUCCUUCCCACCUGGGGCUGCAGCACCCCUCCUUCCCUUUGCUGCACGGGAAGCCCCUCCAGCACCCAGAACAAAGCUGCAGAGAUCUGCUGCCACGGUGAGAGAUAGGAUGGUAGCUGGGGAGGCGAGUAUGCGCAGCCCAAUCCUGGCCUGCUGGCAGCCGAUCCUCCUCCUGAUGCUGGGAUCCAUCCUCUCCGGCUCCGCCACGGGCUGCCCGCCGCGCUGCGAGUGCUCUGCCCAGGAGCGGGCCGUCCUCUGCCACCGCAAGCGAUUCAUGGUCGUGCCGGAGGGGGUCCCGACUGAGACCAAGCUGCUGGACUUGGGCAAGAACCGCAUCAAGACGCUCAACCAGGAUGAAUUUGCCAACUACCCUCACCUAGAGGAGCUGGAACUAAAUGAGAACAUUAUCAGUGCCAUUGAACCUGGGGCUUUCAACAACCUCUUCAACCUCAGGACGCUGGGGCUCAGGAGUAACAGACUCAAGCUGAUCCCCUUGGGGGUGUUUACUGGACUCAGCAACCUUACCAAGCUAGACAUUAGUGAGAACAAAAUUGUGAUCCUCCUAGACUAUAUGUUCCAGGACUUGUACAACCUGAAGUCUUUGGAGGUGGGGGACAACGACCUUGUCUACAUCUCCCACCGGGCCUUCAGCGGUCUCAACAGUCUGGAGCAGCUGACCCUGGAGAAAUGCAACCUGACCUCCAUCCCCACAGAGGCCCUGUCUCACCUCCACGGCUUGAUCGUGCUGCGGCUGCGCCACCUGAACAUCAACACCAUCCGGGAUUACUCAUUCAAGAGGCUCUACCGGCUCAAGGUCCUUGAGAUCUCACACUGGCCCUACCUGGAUACCAUGACGUCCAACUGCCUCUACGGGCUGAACCUGACCUCCUUGUCCAUCACCCACUGCAACCUGACGUCCAUCCCGUAUGUGUCAGUGAGGCACUUGGUUUACCUCCGGUUCCUGAACCUCUCCUACAACCCCAUUGUCACCAUCGAGGGCUCCAUGCUCCAUGACCUGCUCAGGCUGCAGGAGAUCCAGCUGGUGGGAGGGCAGCUCACCACGGUCGAGCCCUUCGCCUUCCGCGGCCUCAAUUACCUGCGCAUCCUGAACGUGUCAGGGAAUCUGCUGACCACCCUGGAGGAGUCGGCCUUCCACUCCGUGGGCAACCUGGAGACGCUCAUCCUCGACAACAACCCCUUAGCCUGCGACUGUCGGCUGCUCUGGGUUUUCCGCAGGCGUUGGAGGUUGAACUUCAACAAGCAGCAGCCUACCUGCUCCACCCCAGAGUUCGUCCAGGGCAAGGAGUUCAAAGACUUCCCUGACAUCCUCCUGCCCAACUACUUCACCUGCCGCCGAGCACGGAUACGGGACCGCAAACCUCAGCAGAUCUUUGUGGACGAAGGCCACACGGUCCAUUUUGUCUGCCGGGCGGAUGGGGACCCGCCCCCCACCAUCAUGUGGCUCUCUCCCCGGAAGCACCUCAUCUCUACCAAAACCAACGGGCGGCUCACUGUCUUCCCUGACGGCACGCUGGAGGUGCGCUACGCCCAGAUCCAGGAUAACGGCACCUACCUAUGCAUCGCCAGCAACGCGGGUGGCAACGACACCAUGCUGGCCCACCUGCACGUGCGCAGCUACUCCCCAGACUGGCCCCACCAGCCCAACAAGACCUUCGCCUUCAUCUCCAACCAGCCCAACGAGAGCGAUGCCAACAGCACGCGCGCCACCGUGCCUUUCCCCUUUGACAUCAAGACUCUCAUCAUCGCCACCACCAUGGGCUUCAUUUCCUUCCUGGGCGUCGUGCUCUUCUGUCUGGUGCUCCUCUUCCUGUGGAGCCGGGGGAAAGGCAACACCAAGCACAACAUUGAAAUCGAGUACGUGCCACGCAAAUCCGACGCGGGCAUCAGCUCUGCCGAUGCGCCGCGCAAGUUCAACAUGAAAAUGAUUUAGCCAGGCAACAAUUUGCAAAUAAUAAUGGUGUUUUGGGGUUUUUUUUUUUUGUUUUUUUAAAAAAAAAAAUUAAAAGAGAACAAAUUAACGAAUAAAAAAUAAUUAAAAAACAAACAUUGCUACAAACAUACCGACCUCUCUCUCCUUCCACCAUGCCCUCGGCCCCUGUCCAAACCCACUGCACCCGCACUGUCACCACCUCUUUCUCCUCCUCUUCUUCUUUAUACCAGGAAAACAUUCAGCCGAUGUCUUCAGGACUUCUGUGUUUGUAAGAACUUUGUCUGAUGGACUCUGGUGUCAGAUAUUACUCUGAGAGGGAAAAACAACGGGGGGGUGGGGGAGGGGGAAAGAAAGAAAAAAAGAAAUAAAACCAAUAAAAAGUUACGAACUUUCUUCUGUAA